AUGAUCGUAUUGACUGGGGCAACUGGUGGUAUCGGUUCGCAAGUCCUCAAGCAUCUGCUUCAGACUUGCCACGUUCCGCCCACCGAGAUCAUACUCUCGAUCUAUAAUCCCAACCCAUCGUCUUCAUUCAUUUCUGCGCUCCCCGAAGGUAUCCAAGUUCGACGUGGCGACUUCGCGGAUCCGGGGUCGCUGGACGAGGCUUUCAAGGGUGCAGACAGACUUCUCCUCGUAUCCUAUCCUUCCGUCUUCUACGAGCCCAGCAUCCGCGCGCACAUCAAUGCCAUCGACGCAGCCAAACGCGUCGGCGUCAAACACAUCUACUACACCAGCGUGGCCGUCGCUAGCGAAAUGGGCGAGGAAAGGAAUAUCAGUGAGAUGAUGAGAGGCCAUCUGGAUACGGAGCGGUAUCUCAAGGAGAGUGGGAUCACGUACACGAUUCUGAAGGAAGGGAUCUAUGCGGAGAGUUAUUCUAUCUACAUGGGUUUAUUCGACCACAAGAAGGAUACAGAUAUUUACAUUACUGGGGAUGGGCCCGUUGCAUGGGCUUCGAGAGAAGAACUCGGAGAAGCGACCGCCCGAGUCAUUGCGAAGGGUUCCCAUCCUCACGAGACUCUUCUCCUAUCUGGCCCUCCUUCCAACGUCCUUACCCUCUCAGAUAUUAGCACGCGUCUCUCAACUCUCCUCUCCCGGAAGAUCACCCUGCACACCAUAACCGUCGAUGAAUACGUUCAACGCUUAUUCAACCCGAACUCACCACGGCUUGGGGAUGAGGCAUUCUUGAGGGAGUGGGUAAAGACGCACGAGGUGAUGCAGAGGGGCGAGAUGGGGGUUGCCAGUGAUGUGUUGGGCAGGAUCUUGGGCAGGGAGCCAAAGAGCAUGGAGGCGUGUUUGAGAGAUAGCUUCAAAGAAGAUUUGAUUGGGCAAUUAUCGAAACGAUGA